CAGCCAGACCUUCAUUUCACCGGUGGACAGAUGAGGAGGCAGACAUGUUGUCGUCCAGGCUGUGGACUCUAGGCUUCCUGCUGAGCUGCUCCUUGUGGGUCCAGUGUUCAGUCUUCCUGGACCAGCCGACUGCUGUGCAGAUCCUGCAAUCCUCCGCCAGACGGCGGCGUGCCAACUCCUUCGCCCUGGAGGAGAUGCUGCCGGGAAACCUGGAGAGGGAGUGCUAUGAAGAGCGCUGCUCCAAAGAGGAGGCCGCCGAGAUCUUCCAGACCCAAGAAACCACAAUGGAGUUUUGGUACCGGUACGAAAACCUGAACCCCUGUCGGAUCAACCCCUGCUGGAAUGGAGGCAUCUGCGUUCAGGACCGAGAGGACUUCCUGUGUCUGUGCCCACCCCGCUUCCACGGGAAGACCUGCGACUCAGAGGUGUUAGAGUGCCGCUAUGGAAACGCUGGCUGCAUGCAGUACUGUAAGGACCUGGCAGGGGGCGCUGGUGUUCAAUGUGGCUGUGCUGAUGGAUUCAAACUGGAGGCUGAUGGAAAGAGCUGCACGCCAACAGUUGAGUUUCCGUGCGGCCGACAGCAGGUGGCAGCGUUGCACUACAGUCGCUCCCUGUUGGAUCUCUUUGAAGAAACAAACUUUACCGUGGAGCGGGACGCCAUGUUGGACUUGAACAGCACAAACAAUGCCACCGAAGCAUUAGAGGAGUUCACGCCAACAAACUCAACGCUAGGUGGCACAGGCGGAAACCAGACUGAGCUGGAGGCACGAGACGGGUCACACAUGUUGACUCGCAUUGUGGGAGGAAACCUGGAGAGAAAGGGAGGGAGUCCCUGGCAGGUUCUGAUCCACAGGGCGGAUGGCUCCGGGUUCUGUGGAGGAACUCUGGUUUCAGAUCGAUGGGUAGUCUCUGCAGGUCACUGCUUCGAAGACUCUGCAGACCACAUCACUGUAGGCAACUAUGAUAAAAAACGUCCUGAUCCAGGCGAGCAGAAGAUAAAGAUCCAGCAGAUCAUUGUCCAUCCUCAUUUCCACGCCUUCACCUUUGACAGUGACAUCGCCCUCCUCUACCUGGCCGAGCCGGUCGUCAGGAGCCCCACAGCUGUACCCGCCUGCCUCCCGGACCCCCACCUGUCUGGAUACCUGCUCAGGGACGACACCCGGGGCGUGGUGACAGGGUGGGGGGCCACUCAGUACCUGGGCAGCUCCUCCCGCUUCCUGAGGAGGGUGACCCUGCCGGUGGUUAGCUACCAGGCCUGCUAUGCCUCCACUGAACAGGUGAUCACAGACAACAUGUUCUGUGCAGGUUACCUGGACACCAGUAUGGACGCCUGCAGCGGAGACAGCGGCGGCCCGUUUGUGGUCAACUACAGAGGAACCUGGUUUCUGACUGGUGUUGUCAGCUGGGGAGAGAAAUGUGCCGCUAAGGGAAAGUACGGAGUUUACACCAGACUGGGAAACUUCCUGAGCUGGGUCAAAGAUACCAUGCAGACAGUGGACCGGAAUGGGACUCACAGUUGAUGAGAACUGAGAUCUAAAGUUGACCAAACUGGGACCAUCAUCAUCGGUCUGGGGAGGAAUCAGGCAGCAAACCUGGAGGUUUCUGCAGGAGUAUAAAACGGCAGGACGUUGAUACAGAACUUAGUGGGCUCUGUCACUUUUACACUCUGCACCGCUUUCUAUUAGACACAGACCCAUGCUGAGUGCUUCUUCAUAAUUAUAGGCUUUACUCUGUUUUUGUACAAAUCCAUAGUCAAAAAGGAAAACUUUGAUCCAGUUCCAAACUGCAUUAACGAUUAUUGGAAACUGCUGCCCUGCAACAUUGAAGCAGGAAGAUAGUUUACCUGCAAUAAUCUACCGGCACCUGGAGGUGCCGGGUCCACUGAGCCAGAACCUUCCUCAGUGCUCAGAACAAACAGGCUGAGUGCAGACCUUGCAGCAGAGCUCUCCUUCCACCAUGGCACUGCUGCAAUGAAUGAGUACGAUUAGCAGCAGGAGCCUGCAGCAGUGAUGGUGACUGCAGACGGGUCCGUUUACGUCAGUCACAUUUGUUCAUCCUGUUCACGAUUAUGGGACGUUUAUGUACAAAUGCAAUCAAUGACAGCUGCUGAACAAAUAGCAUUUCAUCUGUGUCUGCCACGAUGCUGACAGCAGCAGGAAAUAAGUGCUUAAAAAUGUUGUAGCCGCCAUUGGAUUCACAGCAUCUGAUUCUGGGCUUAAUAAAGGAUCAUUUCACUGCUUUUUA